AUGUCGUAUUGCCUCUUCUCGUUUUUUUUUAUCCAUCAAGACUUGUACAAGCCAGCGGUAUCCCACAGGGACCUGAACAGCCGGAAUAUUCUGGUGAAAGCUGACGGCACAUGUGUCAUCAUCGAUUUCGGCCUGUCCAUGAAGCUGACUGGCAACAGGCUGGCACGUCACGGUGAGGAGGAAAACACUGCUAUAAGUGAGGUAGGGACAAUCCGCUAUAUGGCUCCGGAGGUGCUGGAGGGGGCGGUGAACCUGCGGGACUGUGAGUCGGCGUUGAAGCAGGUGGAUAUGUACGCCCUGGGCCUGGUCUACUGGGAGACCUUCAUGAGAUGCACUGACCUUUUCCCCGGAGAGUCUGUGCCAGAGUACCAGAUGGCUUUUCAGGCAGAGGCAGGGAACCACCCAACAUUUGAGGACAUGCAGGUCCUGGUGUCCAGAGAGAAGCAACGGCCCAAAUUCCCUGAGGCCUGGAAAGAAAACAGUUUGGCGGUCCGCUCUCUGAAAGAGACGAUGGAGGACUGUUGGGACCAGGAUGCAGAGGCCCGCCUCACAGCACAGUGUGCGGAGGAACGACUGGCAGAGCUGCUCCUCAUAUGGGACCGCUCCAAGUCUGUCAGCCCCACACUCAACCCCAUGUCCACGACUCUACACAAUGAGAGAAAUCGUAUGACGCCAAAGUCCGGCCCGUACACAGACCAUCCAUCCACCUACAUCGAAGAGCAUGAGGGUGUGGCCAAGAACACGCAGACUGACACCACUAGCUCUUUGAGUGGCCGAGCUGUGGCCGGGAGCGGGGAGAGAAACAGGAACUCCAUCAAUCAGGAGCGCCAGCAGCAAGCCAACGCCCGUCUGCCCAGCCCAGAGGGCAGCAGCACCAGCAUGGGUCUGAGAGGAAGCCCCUCAGCCUCCACGACAACCACCACCAUUAUCUCUGAGACCGAGGGACCGGCAGGGGCCCCUACAGUCCCCGUCUGCCUCCACCUGACACAGGAAGACCUGGAAACCACCAAGCUUGACCCGAAAGAGGUGGACAAGAACCUGAAGGAGAGCUCGGAUGAGAAUCUGAUGGAGCACUCGCAGAAGCAGUUCUGCUCACCGGACCCACUGAGCCCCGGGAGCUCCAGCCUACUUUAUCCUCUCAUCAAGAUGGCGACUGAGGCCUCGGGCACGUCAGACACUGCUGCCCCCAUGCCCACCCCCAUCUUCCCCCUGCCUAAACAGCAGAACCUGCCCAAGAGGCCGUCCAGUCUGCCCCUGCGCACCAAGCCCACUAAGAAGGAGUCGUCGUCAUCUUCACUCAGGUUCAAGUUUGGACGCUCCGGCAAGUCCAACUUGCGGCAGGUGGAGGGAGCGAAGAUGAACAUUGGUGCAGUAACAGGCCCAAACACAACCGUAGAGGCUCAUCGAGGCCCAGGCACAAACAACAUACCCGCUCUACGAGACACGCAUGUCAACGGUAGCGUUAAUGGCGCCGCAAAUGGUCAUGCCAGCUCGUCCAUGGCUGCAGGAGGAGCGACAGGUUUUGGAGGAUCCGGCGUAACUCAGAACAGCACCGGAGCCCUGAGGUCGGACGACAGUCGCCUGAGCCUCGGCGUCAUCACAGCCAGCCCCGACGAACACGAGCCACUUCUGAGCCGAGAGCGAGAGCAGCCUGAUCUGAGAGACGUGUCCUCGAGUGUCGCCGCCCUCCGCUCUGCGAGGCCCAACACCAACAACAACAACAGCAACACUGGCCAGGGCCGGGGGGAAGGUGAGAGUGGAGGAGAGAGCGAUGGAGGGGAGGAGGGCGGGAGCGGAGAAGGAGGAAGCAGGGAAACCACGGGGCCCCAAGGAGAGAGCUUGGGUUCCGGGUCUGUUGCCGUGGAGGAAGCACCUGUCAUCAUGAGAGGGGAGGCCCUGCUCAGGCAGCCCAGAGCCCGCAGGCCUGAGAGACCCAACUCCCUGGACCUGUCCUUCACAACACAGGACCUGGCCUCACUAGAAGCAGGCUUGUUACAGCCAGGCGGAGCCUUGGGGACAGGAGAUAAGAUUAAGAAGCGCGUCAAAACACCUUAUUCUCUGAAGAAGUGGCGGCCCACCACGUGGGUCAUCUCCACAGACACCAGGGGGCCGGAGGUCAACAACAACGGGUCCACCCACGGUCAAGGCCACAGUCAGAACCGGCCCAAGUCCAGCUCGGCUAUCUAUCUGCGGGGAGGAAGCUUGGCCAGCGAGCCCAGCGACACGCAUGUGUGAACUCAGACCCUCUGACAAUACUGAAAGAAAAAAAAAAAGAAAAAACAGAGAGCGAUUUGGUUUCCCUCUGUUGAGCCGUCGGCUCUGAAUCAGCAAGAGGAAGCUAUGGAGUGUCUUGUGAAGAGUCGAGUCUGAUCGUGUACAGUAAUUAGGUUUGUCUCGCUCCUGUGUGUCUUUCUAAUGAUGGCAUUGCUUUAAAUGGAAUCCAGCUAUGCAGCGUUCUCAUCCGCUUCUGUUUGUGUUUUUAUUAAUCUCCAUCUCUGUCGGUUUGUUUCAUGUCUCAUCCUCAUGAGCCUAGCUAUGUUUUAAACAGAUUUCCUUUUUUUCUCUCUCUAUGUGCACUUUGAACCGAUUAAAAUCAGUGUUUAGAAAUCCUGUCUGUUGCGACCACAACAAGAAGUGGUCUUUAAACUUAAAAAAGGCGAUGACAAACAAUCACAAUCACGUUGAGCAUUCUCUCUCCCGUACUUUUGCUGUAACGAGCAACCCGAGAGUUGGCUCUGUAAAUGAAUUGACGGUCUUAAAAGACGGAACAAACUACUUUAACUUUUUUAUUUUAAUUUCCUUGAUUUGUAUGCAAUACCAGUUUUUGUCCUCUUUGACUGUAUCCAUUUGUUUUGUAUCAUAAUUUUUAAUUGUGCAAUAGGAUGUAGCUUUUAGAUGCUUUCGAUGUUUUUAUUGCUUCCAUUACUUUGGUUUUAUCCCGUCGUUAUUUUAAUAUGUUUAAUCUCUGUUGCACUUAUGAAUAGCCACAAUCGUUUUUUGCAAACAAUCCACCAGACACUACCACCCCCCCUCACUCGAGAGGAGAAAAUGGAACGACAAUCCUCCUUUCUUUCUCCGGACUUUCUCUAGAGGGCACAAACAAGCGAUCCCAGCAGAGUGGAAAGUGUUUUUUUCUUUCUUUUCUCGUGGAACUUCUCUGCUUGCACAAUUUCACCAGGAAUGGCUCAAACUCUGGGGUCUUUUUAAACACUACAAUCAUUCAGAUCAAAUCAACAGAGGGAUCUGUUACAAUGGCUGAGUCGAUCGCUGUUCCACUAUCACCUGACCUCACUGUGUGACUGUUUUUGGCUGUGUGCGACUGAAAAGACCAGAACCACUAGAAAGCCCAGAUUCUGCUCUGUGAACUCAGUUGGAAAUCAGAAACUAG